CUCCGACGGAAAGUCAUGCGACAGUUGCCGUUUGUCACGGGAAAACUCCUCUCUUUCUUUUGCGAAGUCUUCGGCGAAUCUGUGACACUGCACAACACGACAGGAGAAAACAAAAUAAGCUUUCACACGAGCAAGAAAGAAAUGGAAACGACUCACAAGUUUCCGCGACAAGAAUUUCCAUGGGAGCUCGAAAGCCUACGCCAAAUCCACUGCAGCGCUCACCACCGCCACCACAGCGUCAACGGCAUCAAUGCCAGCGACCGCAGAGAAACCGGCAGCACCAGCGAAGCUGAGGAGAUCAAAUCUGUUUACUCAGUACCGGCAGCUGUCGGACCUGCGUCGAGCGGACGAAGAACACCGCCACCGCCUUGCAUUGAUCGCAAAGAGACCGCACGGAUCAGUGAACUCGGCCCCCGGCUCGCCGGAUACUUAGAGAUGAACCCCCUCUUUAUAGUCCGGAGAGAAGACCACCACUGUGAAACUACUGCUGCCAGGCCCGGAUCCCCUGAAGUAGUCAUUAUUCCGUUAAGUCCACACUCGAUCUCUUCACCACCUCAUGUGACGAGAGACGGGCAAAGUUGCUGCCGAAUGCGGAAAAGAGUUGUUAUCGUGCCAAUCUUCGUCAUCGCCAACAUUGUCGUGUUCAUAAUCACCAUGUACCGGAACGACUGUCCUGCUCAUCAGACGGAGUAUCGCUGCAUUCUUCCCGGACUCAAGAGAUUUUCGUUCCAGCCACUAAGCCAGAAUCCACUGCUCGGACCAUCUUCGAACACUCUCCUGAGAAUGGGAGCUCUUGAGUCGGAGCUUGUCACCAGUGGUCGAGAGGGAUGGCGGCUGGUGUCCUGCAUCUGGCUUCAUGCCGGCGUUUUCCAUCUCCUGUUAAACAUGCUGGGCCUCCUUACGCUGGGACUUCAAAUGGAGCAAGAGUUUGGGUUCCUGAAGCUCGGAUUCGUCUAUCUCAUCGCCGGUUUCGGUGGAAGUCUUCUCUCUGCCUUGUUCCUGCGACUCACGAUCUCUGUAGGAGCCUCUGGUGCGCUGUUUGGCCUCAUGGGAGCGCUACUGUCGGAGCUUCUCAUUAACUGGUCUCAUCACGAACGUAGCUGGUUCACGCUGUCCCAGCUUGUAGUCCUCUUCAUCAUCAAUCUAGCUCUCGGGAAGAUGCCGCACGUCGACAAUUACGCUCACUUGGGAGGUUGCAUAUCCGGAAUUCUGUUGGGAUUCAUACUUCUCCAGCGACCACCACUCACUUGGCCAACUCAACCUGUCGGAAUUACUACAACUGGCACUCCAGCCCCGGCUGCUCCCGGAAUCCCAGCCCACGAAUUCACUGCGAGUGCUCCGGCUAUAGCAUCUCAGAGGCACCACUAUGAGCUCGAUCACCAACUUAUCCAGCUUGAAAUGGAUCAACGGUAUCACGUUCACAGUCGGCUUCCACACCAUCACCACCAGCACCACCACAACCACCACCACCAUCAGCAGCAGCACUUGCCAUACCAGCCUCCCUCUCGGCCGUGGAGAAUCUACUCACUCCCAAAGUACAAGUUUGUCAUCUGGGUUAUCGCCUUGAAUCUGCUGGUGGUGCUCUAUGUAGUAGCCCUCAUAAUGCUCUUUCGAGGAGUUGACGUAAGGAAAAAGUGCAAGUGGUGCAGACAGCUCCUUAAACAGUAG